AUGGCAGAAUACGACCCGGACAUUUCCAAUGGCACUUGCUACUAUGCGUUUGGAGAGGAAACCACGUCAAGAUAUAUCCCCUGCGGGAACGAAGCACUUGGGAACAAGGCAUGUUGCGAAAGUGGGGACGUGUGUCUGUCGUCCAACGCUUGCUACAAUGGACAAUACGGCGUCACAUACAUAGCAGGCUGCACCGACCCCUAUUACGAAGACCCGAAAUGUCCAGACAAGGGCGACUUCGCAGGACAUCCGUGGGCGGGCUUGGUCUACUGUAACGGAACCUCGAACGAAUGGGUCGCUUGUGACGACCGGGGAGAUGCAGUUUCGGUUCCUGCGCCCUGCUGGUGUCCUUCAACCUCGAGGACAGUCGCGUUUACCGACGCUUCGGUACUUGAUAACAUUAUGUCUCUGCCAGCAACACAGGGUCAAACCGUACACUGGUCUGACGUAGCAGCGUACGAGUCAGAGCACUCCCUGGCCAGCAGCAUGUCCUCAACUGCAGCUUCGACGACGACCGACGGUACCAGCAGUGUUACCACGUCACUAUCACCUACGUCCACUUCCUCCGCCAGCCCGACAGCCUCUGCAACUUCCCCAUCAGCCAUUGACUCCAGCACCGUCGCUCCUGUGACUCCAACCGAGCCAGCGACUCCGACGAGACCCCCGGGAUUGGACACGGGUCAAAAAGCUGGUAUAGCGUUGGGUUCGGCUGGCGGCGUGCUUGUUUUGUUGCUUUUUGGUUGGCUUUUGAUCAAGAAAAUAAGACAGCGGAAAGUGAAAGAGCGGUCGGGUCCUCCCAUGAUCGACGUGACAAGCGCACAGCCACAUGAUCCAUCCACGAGCGCUGAUCUCAGAAGCUCUACGUGGUCUGGUCACAAGUCAGAGCUGCCGGCGGAUGAAAGCAUAAAGGGGUCGCCUUCACCACGGUACCAAGACUUUCGACGUCCCCAGAGCACAGAGGUUGAGGGAAGCCCAGUUCCUCGUUUGUCGCCUUCGCGAGUCACACAGGAUGGUGGCUACAGUGUGCCGGGCAACAAGAGGACGUUCUAUGAAAUGCCCGGAUAG